UUGGAAUUAGAAAUAAAGAUAAGUGUGUAGCCAUUAAAUUGGGACUUUUAUUUAACAAUCCAGUGAUCGAACUCAAGAGUGAGUUACAGGUAGACGAUUUAUCGAGCAAUCCGUAACAAUGUGUUAUAAAAGUGAGAGGAAUUGUUUAAAAAACAUCUAGUGGGCAAAAUUACGAUUCUUUUGGCGCCACGAUCCGAUGACACCGACCCAUUUUUUAUAACAAAAUAUGUGGCUACACUGAUAUUUGUCAUGAAUGUACACACAAAAAUUUCUUGAAACUAUGAGUGAACAAAGCAAUUUAAAAUGUAUAUUUGUUUUCUUAAAAAAUGCACAAUAAAUCUAUAUUUUGAAUAUAUUUCAAUGUAUACAAUGUAAUUAAAAAUAUAUGAGUUGUAAAAUUUGUGGAAAAUGUUUUAAAUAUAGUGUAAUGCAUGCAUUACUUUAACAAAUUCGCAAAUAUUUCGCCAACUAUAACCCUCACAUCGCGGCGAUAAAAGAAUCACAAUCAUUCCAUCUAGUGAUUAUUUUUUAUAUUAUUGUUUUUUGAAGCGCGUCCGAAGGCCGCUAGUGCAGAGAAGAGUUCAUCGCGAAAGAACUAUGAAUACCAUGGUUUUGGACUGACCAGGGUUAUUUUUUUGAAGCGCGACCGAAGUCCGCUAACGCUGAAAGGAGUUCCACGCUAAAUAAUAUUUUACGUAUUUUUUUUUAUUAAAUAAUAUCUAUAUAUAUAAAAAUUACAUGUCACGUUUUCUCCGGGGUUAACCGCUAAACUACUGAAGUUGAGUAAAAUUUAGCACACUAUGUCCAUUUUGGUCCAAAUUAAAAAUAUAGUAUAGAUUAUAUUUCAUUUAUGUUCUUGAUAAUCAAAAAUAGUUUGAAGAUGCCGUUGUCAUGGAAACGGUUUAAAAUGUUUGAAAAUUUUGCACGAAAUUAAUAAUAUAAUGGAUUGAUAUAUUUAUAUUUUGAUAUCAAUCCUGAAUAUAACGAAAUAUUCGUAUUCCCCACAAGUGCAUGUCAAUUAUUUUUAAAACUCUGUGAUCAGCUGUUUUAACUUGCCACUCGACUUGAAUGAGAAAAUUGAUGUACAAGUUUGAAAAUUGAGAGUAGGGUAGUAGAAAAGUGUGAGUGUAUUGCAAUUGAAAGCAAUUUCUUGAUCGUGUAACGUCUAGGAAAACCCAAACAUUCCAAAACACGUUUAUGUGCGCCAUCUUUUGGUAACAUAGCCUCCUCUUGCGGAGAUUGUUUGAGUCUAAUAAAUUUGGUGUUUAAUCAAUAAUUAUUACUCCGAACUAAAUUUUUCUUGAAUUUUAAAAUCACAAUGGCGUACAAUUUUAAGGAAAUAAGUUGGACAGAUGUUCGUGACCAAUUUCGGAAGUGGCGUGAGGACAAUGAGCGUCGGAGUGAUGAAGUAAUACAACUAUGGGAAGCGCUUUUGGAAAGUCGUGUGCAAAAAACUGGCAACGAGAUGCAUCUCAUAUUGGAGCAAGUGCUAAUUGCAGCUUUUGACACUUCUCGGUUGGAUAUUGCGGGGAAAUGCAUUGAAACACUUAGCAUAGAAUUUCCGGAAAGCAUGAGAGUUAUGAAAUUUGAAGCUAUGCGUUUAGAAGCUUUGCAAAUGUAUGAUGAGGCGACUGAUUUGCUAGAUGAAAUUAUUGUCAAAGAUGAAACAAACGCUGCACCCCGUAAGCGCAAAAUAGCUAUUUUAAAAGCAAGGGGAAUGAGAUCCGAAGCUAUUAAAGAUUUAAAUGAAUAUUUAAAAACGUUUAUGUCUGAUCAGGAAGCUUGGCAUGAGUUAUGUGGACUUUAUUUGGCGGAAGGGGACUACUCUAAAGCGGUUUUCUGUAUGGAAGAACUUUUACUACACAAUCCACACAGUCAUCUAAUUCAUCAGAGAAUUGCGGAAAUCCGGUAUACAAUGGGUGGAAUGGAUAAUGUGGAAAUCGCUCGAAUAUACUAUUCCCAAGCCCUGAAAUUAAAUCCAAAUAAUUUACGUGCACUAUAUGGUUUAUAUUUGUGUUGCAGUUACAUUACCAAUUCUCGCGUCUUGGGGUCGAAGCGCAAAGAAGCUCAAAAAAUAGCACAGUGGGCUUUGGAGAGUGCAGGCGUUCGAACAAUUACAUCGUCGAAAAUUUCUAGCAACGAUAAAUUAGUUUCAAGUCUAGAAUGUGCAUUGGGAAGCUUAGAUAUUAAAUCUAAUUGACAUUAUUCUUAAUCAUUGUCGUAAAAUGUAUAAAAGAUAAUAUUAAUUGUCAUCCUAUUUGAUUUCUCACUAUAUAACUGUGGACUUUACUAAUGGUAUAAAAGAAGUACGUAAAAAUUUUAGUUUGUUUACCAUAUUUAAAGAUAUCUAAUCAAACCAAAUUUAUAUAUUCGAUGAGUAACGUUCUGAAACUAGGUUUUACGGUUUGGUUUCAUGGUUCAUUAUUUGAAAUAAAUUUAUUUGAAUACAAUUUAUAUAUUUACAUUUAUUUUUAUACUCUCCCAACAUGUUGCAACAAAGUAUAAUAAUUUUGCUAAAGUAACGGUUGUUUGUAACGUGUGUGUCGUGAAAGUACAUAUUUCUCAAGUCACUAAAUAUAUAUCAACCUAGUUUGUGAGUAUAAUCUGUUCGGCACCUCCUCAGACAGUGUGAAAAUAGUUGAA